AUGCCGAAUUCUACUAAAACGCGCGAUUCCGCUCUCAAUGCCAUUAAACGGUAUAUGGCAAAAAGUAUUGAUGAGGCAUUCACUAUGGAUGCAGAGAAUAUUGCAAGCUACCUUCAGUUAUUGAGUGAACAGUGGGUUCGUUUUAACGUUGCUCAAGACGCUGUAGAAAUUACUUGUGGUGCCGAUGUUAUUGAAAUUGAAGAAAAUGUGCGUAUCCAAGCCGAAACUUGGUACUCUACAGCUUCAGCUAACUUUAGCCGCGUGAAAAAUUGUCGUACUAAAUCGCAAGAUAGCUCCACAAAGGCAUCUGUGUCCACGGUUAUACGUUUACCGAAAAUGGAGUUGCCCACAUUCUCCGGUGACUCUACAGAAUGGAUUGGUUUUUUCGACGCGUUUUCUUCGUUAGUUGAUAAUAACUCUGCUUUAUCAGAUGGACAAAAGUUGCACUAUCUCCGAAGCUGCUUGAAAGGUGACGCGUUGAAAAUUAUUAGUGGUUUUAAAAUAUGUGACGCAAAUUUCGUUGAAGCUUGGGGUCUAUUAACAUCGCGGUAUAAGGUUAUUCGUGUAAUUGUGGAAUCUCAUCUUCGCGCGUUGGCUGAAAUUAAAAGGGCUACGCAUGACAAUGCUGACGCAAUCAAAGGUGUAAUUGAUGCGUUCCAACAGCAUAUUCGCGAGCUUAAAGCGUUGGGUCGUCCGAUUGAUUUUUGGGAUGAUUGGUUGGUACAUGAGGUCGUCAGUAAGUUGGCAUUCGAAACGCGUAAGCAGUGGGAGUUAUCGCUCUUUAGUGAUGAUCCUCCAUCUUUUGAGCAACUAAUAACAUUUUUAGAGAUAAGAUGCCGAUCGUUAUCGAUGUUUUCGUCGUCAACAAUAUCAGUACCAAUUAAGGUUAAAACUGCAUCAGCAAGCAAGUCGACAAAUGUGUUCCACGCGGUAUCAAAACAAAGUAACGUGUGUGCAUAUUGUAGUGGACCUCAUAAAAUUUACAGUUGUGAAAAAUUUCGUGAAUUGGACUUGUCUACAAGGUCGCAUAUGCUUCAACUGCUUAAGUUCAGGUCACUAUAA